CAAAGGAAAGUGUGCAUUUUGACUACUGGUUUAAAACCUUCUCACUCGAGCUCCUCCUGCUUAUGUACAUCAGAUCACUGCGGGAGGGCAACUUUCAGCUCUAUGUAGAAACACUCACACAACUUCUACCCUGGAUGUUUGCUUUGGAUCACACUCACUACUCCAGGUGGCUCUCUGUCCAUGUUCGUGACAUGAUGGUCCUCUCUGACAAACAUCCGGCAAUACUGGCAGAAUUCUGUGCUGGAAAGUUUGUUGUGCACAAAACAAUGCACAAGUUCUCAGCCAUGGCAAUUGACCAAUGCCAUGAACAGAACAACGCUCUCAUCAAAGGCUCUGGUGGAGCAGUUGGCCUGACAGAGAAUCCUGGGGCACUGCAUCGUUGGAUGGUGGCAGGUCCAGAAAUUGCCAGAAUGACAACAGAUUUUGAGAAUGACAGCACCCCAGGGGAAAACCGUCACCACGAGCAGAAGCCAGCAGUGCAAGAAGCCUUCAGGAAGCAGGUUAGGUCCCUCACAGCAGUGAUUGAAGAGAUGGGGAAUCCAUUUCUUGAAGAGAGUCAGGAUCUUCUGGUGCUCGACACCAAAGAUAUCAUGACUACAGCAGUUGCAGACACAGUGAGGAAUGUAGAGUCCUUGGGUGCACAACAGUACAAGACCUUUGUAGAAGAACGGCUUGAGCAGAGAACAAAGCCUGUCACAGAUACCAUUCACAGGAACAAGAUGCCACUCUUCAGCCACCCACCAGUGAAAACACAUUCAAAACAAAAAAUACAACUUGAGGCACUGAGGCGUGACUGCAAUCUCUUCUCACGGCUGUAUGUGUCUUGCCAAGUACGUGAUGGAAAUCUUGGGAAAUUCUUCAGCCACGAAAACCAGGAAGCACCACCAUCGUUGUCUCAGGGAGGGAAGAUGCGGCUUGGUACAAAAGCAGACCUUCUGAAGUGCAUAAUGACUGAUGACACAGACUCACAACCCGCUCCUAUGGUUGAUGGUGUUUUCCUAGAUGGUGCAGCAGUGGUCCAGAUGCUGAAUCCUGGCACAGCAAAAACCUUCCAGGACUAUGCAGACAGCGUCUUUGUGCCGUAUGUAAAAUCUCAGCUUGAGAAAACAUGGCGUCUUGAUAUCAUCUGGGAUGUCUACAUCUCAGACAGUCUGAAAGGAACCACAAGACAGAAGAGAGGGAAAGGAAUACGGAGACGAGUGAUGCCAACCACUGUGCUGCCAAAGCAAUGGAAAGACUUCCUCCGUGUAGAUGACAACAAAACUGAAUUGUUUGAAUUCCUCUCUCAGCAAGUCAUGGGGCUCCCAGUAGAAGAGGGAAAAGAAGUUUACACGACACAUGGCAAAAUGGUGCUUUGCUCUCCUGCUCACUGUGACGUAACAAGUCUCACUCCAUGCACUCAUGAGGAAGCAGACACGCGCUUGCUUCUGCACGUAACAGAUGCUGUUCAGAAGGGUUUGAAGAAGGUUACCAUUCGUACCGUGGACACUGAUGUUGUUGUCCUGGCCAUAGCCUUGUUUAGGAAGAUCAAGCCAGAGGAAAUGUGGAUUGCAUUUGGUCGAGGCACCAGCUUCAGACAUAUUAGUGUUCAUAAAAUAGCCAACAAGCUGGAUCCCAGUACCUGCGCUGCUUUCCCGUUGUUUCAUGCACUCACAGGGUGUGACACAGUCUCAGCCUUUGCAGGAAGAGGAAAGAAAACGGCAUGGGAGACCUGGAAGGCUUUCCCUGAAGUGACCAAGGCUUUCAAUGAAAUCCUGCAGAUGCAAGCAGAUGUGAGUGAGGAGGUCAAUUCACAGCUGGAGCGUUUUGUUGUACUGAUGUAUGACAGGACAAGUGAAACCACAGAGGUGAAUGAAGCAAGACAACAGCUCUUCACGCACAAAUCCAGAACUCUGGAGAACAUGCCACCAACAAAGGCUGCACUUGUCCAGCACAUUAAGCGGGCAGCAUAUCAAGCCAAUAUCUGGUGCAAGGCCUUAGAACUGCACAGAACAAUCUUUUAAAAAACGGAUAUAUGACCAUCCUAAAUGUGUUCCUCUGAUAAGUUCCAGAUGUCCCUCCUGAAGUGCUUCCACUUCAGAAAAGAAACUUCAUGGUGUCUAGAAACUGUGUACAAAGUUUCAUGCUUCUAUCAUAAAAUGCACAAUACCUUCCAUAUAUGAGCUUAGCUGCCGCACUAUAGUCCUUACAGGACGUAAGGACCAUGGACGUUUACAUUGCGGUGAAGAAAGUUGGAGAGUGUGAGAUUUGGGAAGCCACUGUUAUUUAACCACCAGCGGAGGGCUCUUCACGUGAGCAGGGGAUCCUGCUGUGAAUCGGGGUCACUGACCAAUGCACUGUCCCGCGUCACUUUCAUCUUUCCCCCCUUGGGGCAAUAAACUGCAAAGCCCGCAGUUUGAGCCCGCUCUGUUGAGUCCAGACUUCCCUCACCCUCAAAGUUCAGGGGUUUAAUUUCCCAGCAGCAGGUAGACACAUGGAUAAUGGACUACAUUGUUGGAGAUUUGCAGCCUCUGAGUGAAGUUAAAAAGCCACUAGGACAAUACAUGAUUGUACACAGUGUACAGUUUUAGGAAAGGGUGGCGUUUCAUUCGUACUUCUCACCUAAAAAUAUUGAAAUUAACUGAAUUUGAACUAGUUCAAAGUGAAAAUGGUGAACUAUGAACCUGAACUAUUCAUGAACUGAACUUCUAACUAGUUCCUGAAAAGUAUGAACUUGCACAACACUGGCUCUCUGUGUAGCAAACACCCUAAACUUAACCAAUGAGACAUCUUUUAAUGCACCUCCCGGUCUUGGCAAUAUCAGGUCAAACGUUCGUAAAACUACUUUGAAAUUUGCAAAAUCCCAAAGAAGCGACGAGAUACAAGUGCAAACGGGAAGCCAGGCCAUGAAACUGAUUACAGAUACACAGACAUGUAUCAGGGACAGUACCAAUUCAGUACCAAUUCAAGCAAGGUUAAGAGACAAAAGACUUAUUAAAUGUUUGAUGGAAACAGAUAAUAGAUGGAUCAACUCAUCACUGGAAACAUGGUUAUAUGUUAUGAUUAAGAAUGUGUUAGAGGGAAAAUAUUUACUCAUGAUUUGUUUCUUUUAUCUAUCUGCUUUUCUCACCAUUCCUUGCUGCGUCAUGUGAGCCGUGCCAAGGUCGCCUCAUCUGAAUCCACUGUGUGAUGAUGUGAUCCACACCACACCCACAGCACGCCUACUUCCUGAUUGUACUCUGAAAUCUACACCCUUUUCUUCUGUAAAUACACACCCAUUUUUUCAUGUCUUUAAAUAAACUU